AUGGACGUCAAGAUCAUCUCACGCGAAGAAAUCAAACCGGAAUCUCCAACCCCGGAACACCUGAGAAUUCACAGGCUUUCAAUUUUCGACCAGCUUAUAGGUCACAUCUACUCAAGUCCACUUGUCUUUUUCUACCCAAACAAGCAAAGCUCCAAUCUUACUGAUGUCAUUUCAGAAAGACAACGUUUAAAGAGAUCCCUCUCGGAAACUUUGGUACCAUUUUAUCCUCUUGCAGGAAGGAUCAAAGAUGACUUCGAAAUCCAGUGCAAUGAUGAAGUCGUCUACUAUGCUGAAGCUCGCGUGAAUAUCCAACUUUCGGAGUUUCUUAAGCAGCCUACAAAUCAAAUGAUACAUCAGUUGCUUCCAUUUCAUCCUAACUCUGAGGAACUACUUUCCAAGACUCAUCUUGUCAUGAUUCAAACCAACAUUUUUUAUUGCGGUGGCAUUGCCAUUGGCCUGUACGCCUCUCACAAGAUUGUUGAUGGUCUCUCGCGAUUGACAUUCCUAAACUCUUGGGCAGCUAGAGCACGUAACGAGUCAUCAAAACAAGUAAAUCCUAGUUUUAUUUCGUCUUCUGUAUUUCCUCCUGAUCCAAGUUUAUCUACCUAUUCACGUUCCAACUUCCACAAUCAAACCAAAGAAAAGCAUAACUUUGUCACCAGCAGGUUCGUGUUUGAUCAUUCCGCCUUGGCUUUACUUAAAAUCAAGGCCGCGUGCUCAUCUACUCCGAUACCAAGUUCCAUCGAAGUUGUUAUGGGACUUCUAUCGAAAUCUUUCAUAAAUGCCACAAAAGUUAAAUAUGGGACUACACUGUUUGUGGAUGAUUUUAAUCCUGAGCUACCAUUAUUGGUGCAUCAAAUAAGUGAUGCCAUUGCCAGUAUUGAUGGUGAUUUUGUUGAAGGUAUAAAAGGUGAUGAUCGGUUGCUGAAGUUAAUCGGGUCUAAGAAACAUUUGAGGGAGAAGUACUCUUACAAUGCUGAAUCUUUUCCACUCUCCAGUGUUUGCAGGAGUGGUCUUUAUGAGGCUGACUUUGGGUGGGGAAAACCUAUAUGGGCAUGCCUCGGCAGUGGGGACACUGACCCAUAUGGAGUGGGAAAUCUAGUCAUUUUGAUGGAUACAAGAUCAGGAGAAGGGAUAGAAGCAUGGGUGACUGUAAAAGAAGAACUCAUGGCUAUAUUCGAGAAAAAUCAGGAGCUCCUCGCUUUUGCUUCUUUGAAUCCUAGCCCUCUUGAAAUUUAG